CCAUUUCUCAUUUCGUGUCAAUUUCGCAGCAACAUUUUCUCAUUUAUCACAAAGUGCGCGCACUGCGCACCUCAGCGCACUAUAGCAAAAUCCAGAGACCCACUGCUACACCAAACUAACACCCACUCCUCUCCCCUCCUCCGAUUGAAAGUUCGUUGUACCCCCCCGUGACUCCGUUUUCCGUUAAUAUCCUCCCAAAAAUUAAACCAUGAUUAGCACGUUUUUUUGAAUUUUGCAAAAUCUCACUCUCAUGGAGCAGAAUAGAACUCUAUCGGGCUCGUCGCAAAGCCCUAGAUCUCCGUCGUCGCAACCACCCUACCUAUCGGUUUCGGUCACUGAUCCAGUCAAAUUAGGCAAUGGCGUCCAAGCCUAUAUCUCCUACCGAGUCAUCACCAAGACAAAUUUUCCUGAAUACCAAGGGCCAGAGAAGAUUGUCAUUCGACGUUACAGUGAUUUUAUCUGGUUACGUGAUCGUCUUUUUGAGAAGUACAAAGGCAUUUUUAUCCCUCCUCUUCCAGAGAAAAGUGCUGUAGAGAAGUUUCGUUUCAGUGCUGAAUUCAUUGAGAUGAGGCGUCAAGCAUUGGAUAUAUUUGUUAAUCGUAUAGCUUCACAUCAUGCACUUCAACAAAGUGAGGAUCUGAGAACCUUCUUGCAGGCAGAUGAAGAGACAAUGGACAGGCUAAGAGCACAUGAGACUGGUAUUUUUAAGAAGAAGCCAGCAGAUUUGAUGCAAAUGUUCAAGGAUGUACAGUCUAAAGUGAGUGAUGUUGUUCUUGGGAAGGAAAAGCCAGUGGAGGAGUCAGAUCCUGAAUAUGAGAAGCUAAAGCACUACAUUUUUGAGCUUGAGAACCACUUGGCUGAAGCUCAAAAGCAUGCAUAUCGGCUUGUAAAGAGGCACAGAGAGUUGGGGCAAUCUCUGUCAGAUUUUGGGAAGGCAGUCAAACUUCUUGGUGCAUGUGAAGGAAAUUCUCUAGGAAAGGCAUUUUCUGAGCUUGGGGCAAAAUCAGAGACAUUAUCGGUUAAACUACAAAAGGAGGCACACCAACUUUUGAUGAACUUUGAAGAACCCUUGAAAGAUUACGUACGCGCUGUGCAAUCUAUUAAGGCAACUAUAACAGAGAGGGCCAAUGCCUUUAGACGACAAUGUGAACUGACUGAAACAAUCAAGUUGAAAGAGAUUAAUCUUAAUAAACUCUCACUAAUACGUUCUGAUAAGGUGGGAGAAGCUGAGAUGGAAUAUAAUGAGUUGAAGGCAGAGAGUGAGGAAGCAACAAGAUUAUUUGAGUCAAUUGUGCGAUUGAUGAACGAAGAGCUAGUAAACUUUCAGGAACGAAAAACUUUAGAUAUGGGGAUUGCUUUCAACGAAUUUGCAAGAGGACAGGCACGUCUGGCAAAUGGUAUUGCCGAUGCAUGGCGAAGCCUUCUUCCUAAGCUUGAUGCUUGUUCUUCCUCUUAAUGAAAGGACUCCAAAAGCAAGCAAUUUAAUUGUUCAUGGUGGUUCUUAAGAAACACAGGAAAAAUACUUGUUCACUUGGGUGGUUCUUUGAAGUUGCAGGGGCAACACUUGCUGUGUAAAGCUCAUCUUUCGUGAGCUGAUUCCGCUGUUCUGGUGUUAUACGUGAUUGUGGUUAUUCUCCAUUUUAUUACUUGUAAAAAUUCAAAGCCAAGUGUAAAACAGGGAAGCAGGUUAAUCUUUUGAAACAUCAAUUACAGAGAAAACUUGAAAAUUUUCGUGUUUAUAUCACACUUCCAGAGUAUAAAAUGCUUUCAGCGAGUAUUAUUACA